AUGGAGCGCAUGUGGCGAAAAGUGAAUCACAGUUUGCGCAACACAUCCAAAUCACAGUCACAGCAGCCGUCAGGUGGCGAGGCAAUCGCCGGUGGUGGUGCCGGCACAGGAGCCACUGCAGCCACACCCCAAUCCACGGAUACGAUUAGUUCGGCGGGUGGCUUUGGCGAUGGUCAGCUGGUGGUCGCCGUGCAGGGAUUGCCCAGCGGUGGUGGCGGAUCAGGAAUUGGCGCCACCGGCGGCAGCAAUGCCACGGGCAGACGCCUGGCCAGCAGUGGCGGCGGUUGCAACAAGUCCCUGAGCCAGCAUGUCCUGCAGACACGUACCGCAUCCUCGGAGCGCCGCAGACGACGCAGGCGGAAGAGUCGACCUCGACGCGGAGGCGGAAUGGGAGCAGUCACCAGUUGCGUCGGGGAUCCCGGCGGCGAUAAUAUGUCUUCCUCGGGCGGCUUCUACACCCUGAAGGAGCACCAGCACUAUCGCCCCAGUCACCAUCAUGGCGGGGGCGUUUCCGGCGGAGGAGGCGGCUCCUCGCGGCGUCUGUUCGCCACUUCGGCGCCCAGCGGCACGGUGAUGAUGUACCCGAAUCCCCAGCGCGCCGCGGCCCUGGGACCAUCUGGAGGAUCUGGUGCCGGACAGGCAUCCACUUCGGCGGGAGGAGGAGGAGGUGGAGCUGGAGGAGGAGCGGCCGGAUCUGGAGCUGGAGGACCGCCGGACAUCUCGCUGCGACAGCGGGCGGUGGCCAAGUUGCGCAUGUUCAACUUCCACCUCAACUGGGAUCUGCACAUGACGCACUGCAAGCCCUGCGGGUGA